AUCCCAUAUCAUCUCAUUUCAUUUAAUUUCAUCUAGGUUGAUUAAUAUCUCAAAUUAAUCAUCUUCAUUUCAUUUCACUCCAUAUUAUCAUUUUUCAUAAAAAUAAGAAUAUUUAUAAAAUAAGACAUGACUUAAAAGUCUUAGUGACCAGAUCAUAAAAUCCCUUUAAAAAAACCACACUGUCAGUCAGCCGGAGUCAGCUGUCAAUAAAUUUGUAAUAACAAAAUCACCGAGAUUUAACCUAAAAAAGAAAAUUAAAAUUGCCUAAUAUUUCGAAUAGUUAGUUACUAUGUUAACAAGACUCAAGUUCAGAAAAGAUUUAAGGGUAAUCGCACGGUGUUUGUCAGACAAAUCCAAGGAUAAUGAUGGGAAGCCUCAAGUAAUUCAAGAUGCCAAGAAGAAAACCGUAAAAAAUGAUCCGGCUACUGAAAAGAUUCAAGAACUGUUGAAAAGCAUGAUGGCACCUCCAAAAAUAAGCGAAGCUGAGUACAGAGAAAAAUUCGCAACAUCUCCAGAUACUAGGCGAAGUAAACAAGUGGACGAAAUAGAAGUGAAGACUGAAAAAAUAGAGGAGAGCAUCACAAAAGCUGCUACUGAUGUUGCUCAAGCUAUAGGGGGUGAUGUCAAACAAACAGAAGCAGAGCUUCUAUCUCGUGUACUUGGGAAAAUCAAUCAAACUUCUACCACUCUCAGUGACCUUUUAGUUGGGAUGAAGGUAGACAGAACAGUAGAACCUGAUGAAGUCCAAAAAAAACCAGAUACUAGAGAGCAGCAAGUGAAAAGACUUGUAAGCAAAGCAAAGACAACUGAAGCUUCUCCUACUAGAUAUUCACAACGGAAAUCAGCAUAUGUUCCCAAUGACAGGACAAGGCAAGGAAGAGACAGUAACAGAAGUGGUACUCCACAAAUCACAGAAAUUGAUAUAUUUGGUGGUGAGCCACUUGGUAUAUUCAAGACAACAGAACCAAACUAUGGAACAAAACUGGAUGUUUGGGAGAACCUAAAAAAACGAGAGCUAAGUUUAGCAACUGCACAGCCCCCGGCCAAUUAUUUCCAGAAAAUUAUCCUGUGGACCAAUCAGGGUAAAGUUUGGAAAUUCCCCAUUGACAACGAGCAAGGGCUGGAAGAGGAACAAAAGAUACAUUUCUCCGAGCACAUAUUUUUGGACACACAUCUAGAAGACUGGUGCCCGAAGAAAGGACCGAUACGCCACUUCAUGGAGCUCGUCUGCGUCGGACUCUCAAAGAAUCCAUUUUACACCGCCCAGGAGAAAAAAGAACACAUCAUGUGGUACAAAGACUAUUUUGUAACGAAAAAGGAUUUAUUGACCGAAGUAGGAGCUUGGGAUCUACCUAACAGCAACAAAGAGGCGUCGGUCUAAUCAUACAGUAUAGAGGGUAGUUCUGUUAAUAAAAUAAAUAAAUAAA